AUGGAGAGAAGAAAGGAAAGAGAUGGCAGUGAGAGGGUGGCAGAGCAAGAGCCAGGCAGUGGGACACAGGGACUGAGACUAAGGAGGGAGCUUGGCCUGCGGAGUGCUGUGUCCUUGAUUGCUGGCUGUAUGAUUGGCUCUGGCAUCUUCAUGUCACCAGAGGGGGUAUUGGUCUACAAGGGAAGUCCUGGGGCUAGUCUUGUGGUUUGGGCCAUCUGUGGUCUCCUGGUCAUGCUGGGUGUCUUGUGCUAUGCUGAGCUGGGUGCUCUGGUCCCUGAAUCUGGAGGGGAAUAUACCUACAUCCUGCAAAUAUUUGGCUCCUUGCCAGUCUUUCUGGCCAUCUAUACAUUUGUGCUGGUUGGCAGACCAGCUGCCAUUGCUGCUGUCUUUCUGAGCUUUGCUGAGUAUGCUGUGGCCUCCUUUUACCUGAGCUGUUCCUCACUGUCCCAGGUAGUGGUUAAAGGAGUGGCUGCCACCAGUAUCCUGUUGCUGUUGCUGGUCAACUGUUGGAGCUCAUGGCUGACCAUCAUGCUGAUGAACAUGUGCACAGUGGCCAAAGUGUUCUCUUUGUUGGUCAUUGUGGGGGGUAGGGCUGUGGUGCUGGGCCAGGACUGUGGCCGCACAAAAGCCCUUCUGCACACCUUCCACAACACAAUGCAGCAGGUGGGGUGCAUUGACAUAGCCUUCUACCAGGGCCUGUGGUCCUUUGAUGGCUGGAAUAGCCUCAAUUACAUGAUAGAGGAGCUCAGGAAUCCACACCAGAACUUAGUGUGAGCACAGAUAAUCUCCAUCCCCCUGGUCACCAGCCUAUACAUCCUGGUCAAUAUUAGUUAUCUGCUAGUGUUGUCAGACAAUGAGAUCUCUUCUGAUGUGAUAGCUGUAAGCUGGGGGAACCAUGUUCUGGGGGCCUGGGCCUGGCUUGUGCCUAUGGCUGUCAUGCUGUUGACAUUUGGUUCUGCAAAUGGGACGUUUUUCAGUGGAACUGUGUGGUAUGUGGCUCGAAGAGAGGACCAUAUGCCCUGACUUCUGUCCAUGGUUCAUGUGCAUCUCCUCACACCAGCCCCAGCGCUGAUAUUCAUUGCUGCAGUGACUUUGGUCCUGAUCGUCCCAGGAAAUUUCAGCACCAUUAUGAACUUCUUGAGCCUCAUAGCCUGGCUCACCUAUGGAACCACCAUUAGUUGCCUCCUAUACUUGAGAAUGAAAGAGAAGAAUCUUCCCAGACCUUACAAGGUUCCCACCUUCAUCUCUGUUAUCAUGCUCCUGGCUUCUGUCUAUCUGGUGCUGGCACCCAUCAUCAACCAUCCUCAGAUGGAGUUCCUUUAUAUCUUCCUGUUUCUGCUCAGUGGCUUCCUGGUGUAUUUCCUAUUUAUCUAUUUCCAGUACCAGCCCAAGUGUUUAAAGAUGGCUACCCUGCAUCUUCAGCUGAUCAUGGAAGUUGUCCAACCACUAAAAAUGUUGACUGAAAGACUGGACAGGUUCUGCAAAUGCCAGAACCUUGGUUCUUCCUUGGUUCAUUAUGCAUAA